AUCACAUCCCACUCCGGGAAAGGCCGACGUGCCACUUCCAAACCACCCCACGCAUCCUGAACACGAAGCAGGCCGGAGCACGGGAGUUAAAGAGAGAAGUGGGAAGGACCGUUGGAAACUGGUUAAGGCUUUUAGAGGAGAAGCAAACAGCAAUGGUUAAAAGCUGAACCCGAUGCAGAGCGGAAGGGAAGCGGCAGCGUGUGUGUGUGUGUGUGUUCGUGUACAAGGGCAUCUGCGCAGCUCUGCAUAAACAAACAGAAAAAGCAGAAGUCGGUGGUAGUGAAUUAGCAGUUAGGGACUGUAGAAAAUCCAUACAGGAAGCAAAACAAAAGAGAAAUCUCAGGCCACGGGGGCUGAGGACGCUGAGAGGGCGCUUUUGAAAUAGAUGAAGCUCGUGAAGAAAAGUGUGCAAUAGCUGCGAGCUGGGACAGGCGCCCGUGGGAAGGAGGGCCGGCACUGGGCUCCGCCGACCUCUUGUCCAUGCUCAGAAAAAAAAGCCAGAAGGUGCAAUUAUGCAUGAAGCAACGGCGGGAGGAAUUAAAAAGCAGCUUUUAAGGGUGGGCAGCUGCAGCUCUGCCACGCCACUCCUGUUCCCCUGGGACAGGAUGGCACCAGGAUGACACCAGGAUGGCCGAGCCUGCCCUGUAUGCACCCACCCCCGUCCCCAGCCUUGCUUGGGACCAGAGGGACACUUGCAACUGCUCUGUCACGGCUGAAUCCCUCACCCACUGUGCGAGACAACUGCGGGCCCUGUGGCCUGAUUUGCUCCCGUCGGGCGUGGGCAGUGCCCCGUGGUGCCUUUUGCAGCAAGACAAUUUCCUCGACCAAAAGGCAGAGGAACAUGAUGAGAAACGGGGUUUGAGACGGCAUCUCGCCCACUGCUGCCACCGCAGAGGUCCCUUGGGUCCCAGCCCGCGGAGCCGUGGGAGGACGCGGUCAGGCAGGAACAGGAAAGCGGGGUGUUUUCCUGCACACACCCCUCCCGAGCCCCCAAACGACCCCACGCUCGGGCUCCCUCCCGACGUCCAGGGGGUAGGGACCAGGCUGGGGCCGGGGGUGUGUGCGUGUGCAGUGCCCGAACACCCCCAAACCCACAGAGAAAAAAAUUGUACAAGUCAUAAAAACUUUUUAAAAAAUAAAGCCAACCCCCACGAGCGCAGCCGGGCUGUUUUUGCCGCUGCCUCCGCGGGCGCGGAUGCGAUAAGAUAAAGACACCGGAGGGGAGGGGCGGCGCGGAGCGUUGCGCACCCGCGGAGCUGCCGGCGGGGCCUGAACGGAACGACCGACCGACGGACGGACGGACGGACAGACGGCGCGGCCCCUCCGCACCGCACCGAUCCGCUCCGCCCCCGCGCAGCCUCCGCCCUCGGCCGCGCCGCUCCGCUUUACAUAACCCGCCCGGGGCCGGGGUCCGCGCCCCGCGCUGCCGCGGCUCGGCUCGGCGGAAAUGCGGAGUCGCCUGCUCCGGUUUCCUGCCUGAGCCGUACCGAGCCGUACCGAGCCGUGCGCCCCGUCCCGUCCCGUCCCGUCCUGUCCCGUCCGCCCCGUCCCGUCCCCGGGCGCUCCGCCGCGCUCCACCAUGGGCGAGCAGCAGCCGGACGCCUUCUCCUGCAGCGCGGCCGCCUCGCUGGAGCCACGGCAAUGAAUGGGCACGCUCUGCCGGCCGGCACGCCAGCACAUCCCCGGGGCUGGCAUGAGUUCUGCGAGCUGCACGCCAUCAGCACCGCCAAGGAGCUGGCGCGGCACUACCUGCGCUUCGCCACCGAGCACCCGCACCAUGACCUCCUGGCCGCUGAGAACUUCUCGGUGCAUUUCACCGACCUCUUCCAGCAGUACUUCUACCAUGAGGUGAAGGAGGGCUUUGCUAUGAACCAGCUCCGCAUCCUGCCCGCCGGCCCGGCGCGGGAUUACCGGGAGACGCACCGGCGGCACACAGACGCCUCCCUGGGCACGGUGGCCACCAAAGCUGAGGUGGAGCUGGGCGCCCGGCCCGAGCAGCCCGUCCGAGCCCCCGAGGCCACCCCGACGGGACUGCGCAAGUCCCGGAGCUCGGAGGAGCUGGCGGGGCCGGCACGGCGGCCCUUCUCGCUCAGCCAGCUGCGCAGGAGCUGGCGCAGCCUCUUCCGACGCCGUUCCUCAGACGCCCUCCCCGGGGAUGGGGACGGGGAGGCGGCGGCGGAGGCGGCUCUCAAGCCGGGACUGGGCAAGCGCAUCCUGCCGUGGGGGCUGUCGCGGGAGCAGCCCCCCGAGGUGCGCAAGGAGGGGCUCCUCAAGUACGGGCUGCUGGACGAGACCUCCCUGGACAGCGGGACGCGGUGGCAGCGCUGCCGCCUGGUGCUGCGGCGAGCCGGGACGCCCGACGGCGAGGAGUACGUGUUGGAGCUCUUCGACCCGCCCAAGGGCUCCAAGCCGAAGCUGCACGCCGCCUGCUCUGCCGUCCAGGAGGUGCGGAGGUGCACGCGCCUCGAGAUGCCCGACAACCUCCACACCUUCGUCCUCAAGGUCACCAACGCCACCGAUGUCCUGUUUGAGGCGGGGGACGAGCAGCAGCUCAGCUCCUGGACGGCUGAGAUCCGGGAGUGCGUGCGCAGAGGGUCUGACGUGGGCGACCCCGAGCUCCUGGCGUGCCGGCACCCCGACCCCAUGGCCGCCAGCCCCACCGACAGCACCGACACCGUCAGCCAAGCAGGGGCGACGCCGGGGGGCCCGGGGGAGGCAGCGGGGCCGAAGAUGGAGCAGUUCCUCUCCUCCUGCCCCUGGUUCCACGGGCCCAUCUCCCGCGUGAAGGCGGCUCAGCUGGUGCAGCUGGGGGGGCUGGAGGGCCACGGCGUCUUCCUGGUGCGGCAGAGCGAGACGCGCCGCGGCGAGUACGUGCUCACCUUCAACUUCCAGGGCAGAGCAAAGCACCUGCGGCUGGCGCUGACGGAGCGGGGCCAGUGCCGCGUCCAACACCUCCGCUUCUCCUCCAUCGUGGAGAUGCUGCACCACUUCCAUCGCUACCCCAUCCCGCUGGAGUGCGGGACAGCCUGCGACGUCCGUCUGUCCAGCUACGUUGUCGUCCUGCCCCAGCCGCAAGCUCCCGGCUCUGGCAGCACGGUCCAUCUUCCCAUGCCCGUUCCCAGCUGGAGCCCCGAAUUCAGCCUCGCCCCCGCCGGCUCCUCCUGCCCCCGCGGCCCUGACGAGACCCCCCCGGGUCCCCCACCGGAGCAGAUCUUCCACCUGGUGCCGCCGCCGGCCGAGCUGGCACAGAGCCUGCGCCCGAGCGGGGCGGCCGUGGCCCCUGGCCCCCGGCACCGCGAUUCGGACUACGAGGCGGAGGCGCCGGGCCGGGGCCACGGCCGCGCCAUCGACAACCAGUACACGCCGCUCUGACAGGCACCGCACCGGCACCGGGAUGCACUUUCGGGUGGAGAAACCCUAGAGACUUUGAGUAUCCCAUCAAGAGAAAGAAUGUACCUAGUUUCUUCCUUCUGGUUAGGGAUGAUUAUUAUAUUUUUGCAAGGAAGGGGGUAAUUUUUCACUCCAGUACGGGUGUGCUCCCUCUCUUCGGCCUGUUAAAGGGCCUUUUAUUAUUUUUAGUUGUUAUUAUCAAAGCUUUCUCGUUACUGUUUACACACGCCGCUCCUGCCUGCGUCCAUGCGUGCCGAGCAUCACGGCAUCGGGCUUGGUCUCCCGCCUGUCCCUGACACGACAGCGCCCAGUGAAGGAACCGGGGUCUUGCGUUAUACCCGUAUGAUUGGAGAAAGGGGAAAAAAAAAAAAAAAAAGAAAAGAAAAAAAACAGAAAAAAGAAAAAAGUGAAUUAUAAAGUCAUCGAACAGUUGCUGCUCCGGGCUGUGUGCAGCCCCAUCCUCCCGCCCCAGCACGUGCUGCCGCUGCCAAACCCUCCAGCAAACCCCGACCUGCCGGAGCUGAGCUCCCGCAGCGGGCGCAGAUGACGAUCACGAUCAAAAUUUGGGCUUUAUUUUUUUAGCUAAGGCAAAAACUGGCUUUUCUUGCUCUUCUUUUUAAACACAGUUGCAGUCACUCCCUGCACCAGCCAUACUUACGCCGUCAGCCUUGCGAAUGAAGACGUGAACACUAACUGCCCCAUCGUUAAUAAUGGCACUAGUUGAGAACUAGCGCAGAGACUGACAGUCAAUAACUCUUCCCGGUGAUGGAAGCGCUUUUUCCUGGUAAUUGAAGCAUUUUAGGCACAAAUCUAAAGUGAGGGUUUUUUUUUUUUUCCCUAAAACACUUUUUUACCUCGCCAGCGCAGGCAGCUGCCCAGCCCGUUCUCACUUGCCUUUUUUUUCUUUUCUUUUUUUUUUCUUUUUUCUUCUUUUUCUUUUUUUUCUUUUUCUCCCCCCCCCCCCAAACACUGUGUAACCAAGAGGUUGGUGGUAUUUCAAGCUAUGCAGCGGCCUCUCGCAGGGGUGUGCGUGGGGUGUGUGCCAUCGGCGUACGCCUCCCCGCCUGCAGGAAAAGCCUCUCCCAGCCCCCCCCCCCCCCCCCCAAACCCACAGAGGGGCUGCACCCCCCGACGUGCCUUAGGUGGAGGAGCCCGGUGGCAUCUCCAGGGCUGCAAUUACACGUCCCGCAGGCACUUUCACCCCUUCGCCUGCCCGCGUCUCGCCCCAGGAGCGCCGCUUGCGUGCACGGCGAGGCGUGUGCCGAGCAAGACGGAGCUCCCGUGGGAAGCACCGCGCGUCCUGCGGAUCCCCGGGGUUCCGUGUCCCCGUCCCCGGUGAAGGCACCCGUGCAAGAUGCCGGAGCCCGGGAGCGCGGCCGUGCCACAACCUCCGCUGCCAUUUUCUGGCUCCGCGGCCGUCGGUGCCGCCAAGCCCGGGGUGUCGCUUUACCUGGGGCAGCCGGCGCGGCCGUGCCAAGAGAGGAACCGUUUCUUAGAAGCUGACGUUAUUUUAAGAAUAAGGAAGGGGCCAGAGCUGUUGCGACAUGCAGGAGGGGAUGUUCGCAGCGUUCAACUUCCAGAUUUCUCAGCGCAGCCCGCACGGCGCUCCCCGGGAUUUCGGAUGCAAAACUUGCCUUGAAAUUGCCUUACAGGAAAACUUUUUUACCUUAAAUUCCCCCCCCCCCAGGUGGGAGCCCUCAGGAGCAUUACCAUUUAGGAAUUAAUAUGAAAUCGAGCAAGCAAAAAAGGCCUCCUGGGGCCCAGUUAGGGAGUUUUGCAAAAAAAAAAAAAAAAAAAAAUCCAGCUUCUAGGCAGGGCUUUGCCAUUCAGCCAGCGCGUGGUGAGCCCGGUUGGCAGGCAAAGCCCACGGAGCCAAGCUCUGCUCAAGGUCAGGAACCGAAGGGCGAGAUGACGGCAGCGUUGUGCUGGGCUGAGCCAGGAAGGGCAGAGGUAGCAAAGGCAGGAACCGGGACCGGGCAGAGCCAUAAUAUCUGGGGCCAAACGCAGCCCAGGGAGCGGCCGUGAGAGCAAAUCUGCUUUUAUAAGUAUUUUUACUUAAGUAGUAGUCGAAAGAGGAGGACUGGGAGAAACGGGAUACCAUCGACGCGAGAAACCGUUUAGGAUUUGCGUUUUUGUGCCCCCCCAUCUCUUGGCCCAGCUCUCUCCCAGGCUGUCUUUUUGCAUUCAGAGCAGGCAAAGUUCCCCCCCCCGCUUUUCUGUUUAAAACGACUUGAAAAAUGGGUGCACGGGGAGGAAGCCCGUAUUUCGGUGGGGACCAGCGUUUCCCGGCGCUCAGCGCAUGCCGUUGCACAUUCCCUCUUGAAAGCGGAGCAUUAAGAGCAAAUCGCGCUGGCCGGUCGCACCUCCAGUGCUGCCAGACCCCGCGAGGCUGCUGGAAAAACAAAGCCAGCCCUGUCCUCGGCUGGAGCUUCUCGGCCGUAUCCGCAUCCCGUUUUUCUCCCCGGAUCAGCACGAAGGCUGCAGCGAAUGGCAGGAGCGUGUAUAGCCGGGGCUGGUUUGUGCCGGGCAAGUCGGCUCCCUUCAUCGCUGAUAAAUAAUUCCCCACGGUCUUGCUUUUAGAGGGAUGGAGAAGGGAAGGGGAGGAAGCAUAGCGCAAACUUGUCAGCUCCUUUCCUUGCUUGGUGCAUGGUUCCUGGAGCACGCACACCUUGGAAAACACUUGCACGUGCAAAAUCUUGCUAAGGUUCAAAGAGCUGAUUUUUUUUUUUUUUUUUUUUUUUUUUUUUUUAAGUCCCGCCGAGCUGCCCGCAGCCGCGUUCAAAGGAGUCUUUCCCCAAAAAAAAGACGAGGUGGUCUCACCCGAAUCACCCUGCGCUCAGAGCAUCUGCAGCAAAGAACGGGCUGGGAAAAAGGGAUCGCUAUUCACAGCCCACGCAGCCCUUGCCAGAUAAAUCAGAUGCUGCUGCUGCUGGGAUGGGUUAUUUUGGCACGCCGGGGUGUAUUGUUCGAGCGCCAACGACUAAACAUGCACGCGCAUGUGGUAUUUUUAACCUGCAGUUUAAUUGCAAGGGGUUUCUCCAUAGUUUAAAUGGAAAUCAUUGUGCUUGGUUAGCAAAAUAUACGUUGAGUUCAUUAUCGCCCCGUCGGCCAAACAAACUCCGGUGGGUGCGAACUCCCGUUCUCCCCGCUAGCGAGCGGUGGGAAAGUCGCUCGGGUUAUUUCCAUCUCAAACCUCACCAAGGUGGCCAGGGGCCGCCCACCAUCUCCCCACCUCAGUGCUCUGCUCUGCCACAGCUCGCACCCGCUGCGGUCCCGACUCCAGCUGCACCGGGACGCAAGGAGGGGGGUUGGGGCUUUUUUUUUUUUUGGGGGGGGGGGGAGGCUAUUUCCCCAGUUCCUGAAGGGCUGAGUUUGAAAUCCCGUUUCUCCUAGAAAGCAUCUGGCUUGCGACACAGGUCAGAGCCUGACGCGCGGCCCUGCCAGCACACGUUAAUCCAGCCCGUAAGGUACUCCUCUUUAUUACGGCAGCGGGCGAAGAGCAUUAAGCCAUUCCAUUAUACGGAAUAGAAGCAAUUUGAAGGACUUUCUAUAUUCUUCUAAAUUUGGGAAAAGGGCCCCCCAGGACUCAGCAGGUUUAGUUCCCCGGCCCACGUUGGUGUUGAUGAGGUAGUCUGAGGUUUGGGGAGAGGGGAAGCCAAGGGAAGAGCCCCCACGGCCGCGUGCUGCAGGUACAGCCGCCUCCCGGGCUCCCGCGGAGCAGAAAGAGCGUUUCCUGGAGCCGAAGCAGCGUCAGACGUGAUCACGCAGGUCUCGGCUUGUCCCUUGGCCUGGGGGGCCGGGCGCGUGCAACACGAGUUCAGAUCCGUCGCGCCAAAGCCACGACGCGAGCGGCAGCGACUUCUCCGUGAAAGGCCGGAGCCUUUGCCCGCCGCCAGGAGAGGGCUGGCAGGGAGGGGAUCCCGGUUCCAACCAGCUGCUGGGGACAGGCGGGUUUGGCAAUAAAGAUGCAAACCAGUCAGUGCCUUCGCUUGCUUUGACAGCUGGGACCCCGGUCCGGCCAGAACUUCUCCCCCUCAUCUCCACCUCCCGCUUAGGAAACCACUUGCUCUUUGCCGGCAGACCCUACCGGUGGCUUUUGCGCAUCCUCGUGGGUGACAGGUUCUGAAGAAGAUCAUGAAGCGAAGCAUUAUUGAACCUCUUCAUCCACCCCCUCCUCCUGCACCCCAGCCCUGAGGAACGGCACCGGGGAUCCAGAGCAGGUUACCCAACACUGACACCCCCCUGGCCUCACCCGUGGCGGGGAGCGGGGGGAGUUGCAGCAAAACUAUUUUGGAGCAAAUCUUCUAGGAAGAGGUCCAGGUCCGGGGUGAGGCCAAAGCUUAUUUCUUAGUCUCCAGCCCACAGAACACUGCUCUCAUCCAAACAAUGCAGUUUUAGUCUAACAAGCAUAUAAAGCCUUAAAAUCUUGACUAACAGGUUCGAGUACAAUAUUCCAAAUUUUAAUUUAAGCUUGUUCGAUCUGAACAGAGCCUAACCUUCGCCAGCAACUACCAGAGGUGGGGAGGCGACCGUGCACUCUCUAACUCAGCCUUUAGCAGGAUGAUUAAAGCCAACAGUUUGUUGGAUGAAAAGCGUAUUGAUCUGAAAAUUCUACUUUUCACCUGCACAGAAGUUAUUCUUGUAUAGUAGGUUUUUCUAUAUAUUGUUUCUGUAUGUACUGUACAAGUAACUUAUUCUCGAAUAAUGCAAUUUUACCAUAAUAUAAAAAAAUCUGCUCUUAAUAAACUGUUUUUAGAA